AUGGGGGUGUGUGUGUGUGACUUUGAACCUAUAGUUACAAUCCAGAGAAUUGGCCGUGACUUCAUCUGUGACAAGAAAAAAAGCUGUUUAGUGAAGAUGAUGUCUACAAAAGACAUGGUUAAAGUAAUGAUUGUCAUGUUUGCCAUUUGUUUUCUUGCAAAAUCGGAUGGGAAACCUGUUAAGAAGAGAUCUGUGAGUGAGAUACAGUUCAUGCAUAAUCUGGGCAAACACCUGAGCUCCAUGGAGAGGGUGGAAUGGCUGCGGAAGAAGCUGCAGGAUGUGCACAACUUUGUUGCCCUUGGAGCUCCAAUAGUGCACAGAGAUGCUGGGUCCCAGAGACCCCGGAAAAAGGAAGACAACGUCCUGGUUGAGAACCAUCAAAAAAGUCUUGGAGAAGCAGACAAAGCUGAUGUGGAUGUAUUAACUAAAGCUAAAUCCCAGUGA